AUGUUUCCCACCUUCGAGGACCAAAAUCCGGUCCAUUCGGACACCGAAUGGACCGGAUUUUGGUCCUCGAAGGUGGGAAAAUACUAUAUCACCAUUGUUUCAAAUAUGAGGGAAUCGCCACCUUCAUUUGCGAAAGACCGCGUUUUGUUGUUUUAG